UAGAAAAUGAACCUGUACAAAACUGUUGAUGUUCAUUCAUUUUUAGUGGGAACCAGAUGUAGAAAGAAGCCUCAGCAAAGGCAUCCUGAGCAAUUUAGAAAAAAGUGCUUUGGUAAGGCAGCUUUUUUGCCAUAUUUUAGCACAAACAACACAUCCUCUCAUGAAAGAAAUCAUGUUGCUUUAUUGUUGGUGCAGAAGUACCCAUUCUUAAAAGGAUCCUUUGGUACAGGCCAUCAAUUCUGGGCAAAGAAAAUUGAACAUCGGAUUCUGAGUCAUCGAAGAAGAGAUGCAAGAAAUGAAAGAAAGAGGUUGCAAGAGCAUGGUGUUGUCUUACCGAAAGGAAAGCCAGGGCGAAAAAAGAAAAAGAGGAAAGAAGAUCCUCUACCAACUAUUCCUGAUGGAGAAACACCUGAAACAAUGGAGUCUCAAAGGAAAAAGUUACUGGCAAUACAUAGUAACGGUGUGUAUGACCUGAAGCAAGUUGCCAUGCUGAUGGACAACACGUUUGCCCAAAGACGUAGAGAGGUGCUGGUUAACGACACCAGAGUCUGGAAGUUGUUGCAAGAUUAUCCAGGGUUGAAAGACAACAAAGGUAUCCAGGUAUGAAAGUUUCAGCGGGAAAAUUGAAUUCUAU